UGAUUUAACCACAGCGCAUGUGUAUCAGAUGUCCUGCGUAAUGACGUCUGCCAACAGUGUCUAACGUCCUCCAUAAUGGUGGUGCCCUUUACAAUGGGGACUGUAGUGGAUCACUUGUUAGCCAACUUCUUGUGAAUAACUGCGGAUUAUUAACACAUCUGUCUGUUUUGGGUAAUUUACUCCGACGGCUACAUGUUAAAGUCCAGUACAGCGGGUCCAUCCACCGUUGCCUCUCCUCAGCCAAUGAAGGAAUUCAAGGAGAACUUUUCAGGCCAACUAAUCCUGGACCACAUUAAGCCAUGCUGGUACUGGGACAAGAAGGAUUUAGCCCACACCCCCUCUCAGUCUGAAGGCCUGGACCCUGGCACAGAGGCCCGGUAUCGAAGAGAAGGAGCCCGCUUCAUUUUUGACGUGGGGACCAGACUUGGCCUACACUAUGACACACUGGCAACUGGCAUCAUAUACUUCCACCGCUUCUACAUGUUUCACUCCUUUAAGCAGUUCCCCAGAUAUGUGACUGGUGCUUGCUGUCUUUUCCUGGCGGGCAAAGUGGAGGAAACCCCAAAGAAGUGUAAAGACAUCAUCAAAACAGCCCGCAGCUUACUGAAUGAUGUGCAGUUUGCCCAGUUUGGAGAUGAUCCGAAGGAAGAGGUGAUGGUGUUGGAGAGAAUUUUACUCCAGACCAUCAAGUUUGACCUGCAGGUGGAGCACCCUUACAUGUUCCUGCUGCGCUACGUCAAGCAACUCAAAGGGGAAAAGAAUAAAGUGUGCAAGGUGCUACAGAUGGCGUGGACCUUUGUCAAUGACAGCCUGUGCACCAUGCUGUCUCUGCAGUGGGAACCAGAGAUUAUUGCAGUAGCCGUCAUGUACCUGGCCGGCCGCCUCUGUAAGUUUGACAUCCAGGAGUGGACCGCCAAGCAGUCGUCCCGCCGCUGGUGGGAGCAGUUUGUCCAGGACGUCCCAGUUGAGCUGCUGGAAGACAUUUGCCACCAGAUCCUGGAUCUGUACUCCCAGGGAAACAAGCCCAUCCCUCAGCAGAUACAGGAGAAGGAGAGGGCAGCUGCUCCGCAGGUCCCCGUUCCUCCAGCCCCAGUGGGACUGCCACCAGCCCCCAACCCUCCUCCCCCACCACCGAAGAAGACUUCCCCUCAGGGAAGCAGCCCUGCACGCCAGCUCAAACGCUCACAUACAUCCCCAAAAGAUGAACCAAAGGCUCCAGAACAAGUUGGAUCAAAGAUUCCUAGACUGGAGAGCCCCAUGCCCCCUCUGCCUACAUCGCAGCCUCCCCCAGAGCGCAAAGCCCCAGCUCCGGCCCCUCCCACGGAAGCCGAACCAUUACCGGAAACGGCUCCUCCUCCGCCGCACGCUCCACCUCCCCAUCAGCCCCCGCCCCUGCCCCAUCGCCCUCCUCCGCCCCCGCCCUCCAACUACAUCAUGUCCACCACCAGCUCCUACAUGUCCGGAGAAGGCUACCAGAGCCUGCAGUCGAUGAUGAAGACGGAGGGUCCCUCCUACGCCCCGAUGCCGCCCAGCUACGCACCCCCAAUACCGCCGUACCACGUCUACCCGCCGCCUGCGGCACCGCCUCCGGGCCCUCCUCCUUCCAGCUACCCGCCCCCCAACUUGGCGCCAACGUAUCCGCCGCCGGGCUACAACAGCUACCCUCCGCCUCGCAUGCCGCCGGGCCACGUACCCCCUCCAGUUAUAGGUCUGCCUGCUGGGUAUCCUCCGCCCCCCGUGCCCCCAGGACAGUCACAGGUGCCCCUGCCCCCUCCGCCCGGCAUGCCCAUGAAUCACGGUGGGUGGAUGAGAUGAGAGUGAAACAACAGUCCCUUAAACUGACUCCGUGCAGAGCCGCAGCUGGAGAUGCAGUAGAAACAACCAGGAACUCGUGUUAAUCGGCUGGUACAGACGGAGAGCUUGUUCACCUCCAGUAUGACUUUUGUCGAUGAGGUUCUUAAUGAAGGCUUAACAACAAAUAGACUUAAAAAAGUGAGUUCUGGACAGUAUUGUUAUGAGAACCUGAACUGGCACUGGAAGACAGCAGUCUCAGUGGCUUAAACAUGUACAGGAUGGUACUUCUAGUUCCAGGAUCUUGUAACAAACACUGUCCACUCGUUGUUGUUGUUGUUCUGGAAAUGUACCAGGAAAUAUUAGCACCCUGAAACUAGUUUUGUCACACAUGCUCAUUCAUUUCUUGUGGAGUGAUGAGAUGUUCUGUGUUUUUACUUUACCUUUUUUUGAGUAGAACAAAGAUUGACUCUUAUCUUUCCUUCUAUAUUCUGUCACCUUGAUUGUCUUUUUUUUUUUUUUUUUUCUGAAUUUCCAGUCCUACCAGUGUCCUUUCCCCUGCAAUCUUGUUUUUCGUUUCUCGACAUUCCCACUGUUUUGCUGAGAGGAAAAAAAAAACGCGUAAUAAAAUCUUGAUGGUUGUACCUGCAGUAGUCAAAAAUAAAAAGGACUAUCACACUUGAGACAUGUUAUUAAAUAGUUCUUUCAAACGUACUGUAUAUCCUUUUGUCACAUUACUUUCUACUCUGAAAACACAGCGUUCAUUUUACUGCACUGUCACACUUAUUCCCUGUCUCCCUGUUUUGUGUGAAUGUGCACAGCAGACAGUAUUACAUGUAGAUACAACAGAAACCCUGUCAUCAAACGCACCAUGUCUAACACUGGACAGACUAAGGUAUAUUUGUACAUAUCUGUUCUUUUCAUUUAGGCAUAUUGUUUUGAGAGUUUCAAUCCAUAUGUGCCUUAGUCAGGUUUCUCUUCUGUUUUCUGUACGCAGCUUUGGUUUUGUGUCCGAGUGGCAUUUAGGACAAUAAAGGCCUGCUCUUUCCUACUUUGAA